CUGAUGGCUGCCGCUGCUGCUACUGGUGCCGCGUUGUCGGUCUCCAGCAUGAGGGUGGGUGUCCCUCGCCCCUGGAAACAGACGGCAGCAGGGCCCCGAUGGGCUGGCUGGGUUUUGGUCCAUCCAUCCAUCCAUCCAUCCAUCAGGUGGUGAGGUCAGCCCUUCCAGCAAGCAGCUGCUCCAGAGGCCUUGACCUCAUUCAUCGCGGCUGUCUUUCUUCCUCCCCCUCCCCUCCUGCUCCAGUCGUCUCCCAUCUUUCAGCCUCAGCUCCCACCGCCAAUUGUCUCUCGUUCAUCUCCUUCUCCUUCUUCUCCAUACACACGAGCAGCCAGCUCGUCACGGCCGCCAGCUUCACCGCCCAGCAGCUCUCAAUUGCCACCUCCACGCCCGCCUCCGUUCUCCGAAGCCAUCACCAUCCACCACCAAACCCAGCCCGCACCCGGCCGACCAUCACCGACUCGCCUCCAAUGCCCAGCCUCGUCAUCCCCGGCGCCUCGUCCUUCAACGCCAUGGCCGCCGACGAGGGCCUCUUCCCCUCGUACCUCGUCUCCCCCGACGUCUCGGCCGCCCUGCCCGAAGGCUACAAGCUGCGGCCUCUGCGCCGCUCCGACUACGACACGGGCUUCCUCGACUGCCUGCGCGUCCUGACCACGGUCGGCGACAUCGCCAAGGACGACUUUGAGGCUCAGUACGAGCGCAUGGUCAAGCAGGAGGGCUACUACAUCAUCGUCAUCGAAGACGACGCUGGCGCCGUCGUUGCCACGGGCGCCCUGAUUGUCGAACGCAAGUUCAUCCACAACCUCGGCGCCGUCGGCCACAUCGAAGACAUUGCCGUGUCCAAGAGCCAGCAGGGCAAGAAGCUCGGGCUGCGCCUCAUUCAGGCCCUCGACUUCGUCGCCGAGCGCAUUGGCUGCUACAAGAGCAUCCUCGACUGCAGCGACGCCAACGAGGGCUUCUACAUCAAGUGCGGCUUCCGCAGAGCCGGCCUGCAGAUGGCGCACUACUACGAGGGCAGCAAAAGUAAGCCCCAAUAGCGCUCUAGCGACGCACAAUUUUUGGCCCGUCCGUCCGUGUUUGGUCGGGGCCGACGAAGGAGGUCCAUUUGGAAAUAGAUGAAGGGGGCUUGGUUGAGCUGUUGUCGUCGGAUCGACGGCCGUCUGUGUUUCAGGGCAUCGUCAGGCCGCGAGUUGAGCGAUGCUGCAAUACGGCUUUUGUUAUUGGUUUUCUUGUUUAUUUUGUCUCCGGCCUCGGCGACGGUCUUCCUUUUUCGGGUGUCCACGUUUUUUUAACAACGGCGCAGGGAGCAAAAUCUAGAGAGGUGGACAACCCGCUUGGAGGGUUCUGGGUUCCGGGCCCAACGCGGUGGCUGAUUGGGCAAUAUAACAGGCUUUUCCCAAGACGCACAUGUUCCGGCGGCGAGGUCCGUGAGUACCGAGCAAGCGGUGCGACGCGGUGCGAUAUGCCGCGCCGGCGUGCGAGAUGACAGCUGAAUGCAACAUGGUUGGUAGACGGAGCGAGCCGCUGCGACACAAUCGACGUCGGCGACGCCAUCGCCGUGGCCGGUGGCGCGCGUCGGACGUCGAGGCAGUCGCGGUAUGUCACCCGACGUCUGGUUGUAGAUGGGCCGCUUGCCAUGCGCACCUUGGUCAGCCCUCGCCAGAUCCCCCCAUUGGGCCUCGACCGAUGCACAGUCCUGCACGACCGGAGAGGGGCAGCGCAAGCUUGACCAGGGGACGGGCCGGACGUGCUGCCCGCUUCCCCAGAUUCUCGCCCUUGUUCUGCGGCACCCUCGCCGACGCGGAGAGAUGAUCAUGCAUCCUCUCUAGCCCGGGAGUCGAGGCCGUUUAGCGAACCCGGCACGAGCAAGCAUAUUGUAACUUGAUAGGCCCGCAGCAGAAAUGCCAGCAAGCCCUAGGCAGAUGGCCUUUCCAUCUGCGGUGGGUGUUCUCGCCGUGGCGGCCCCCCCGCCCGCCACGGCUGCUGAGCCCAAGUCACAGGUGUGGUCUCGCGCGCACUACCUUGGCUGUAUGCAUGCGUGGGCGCAACGCGGGGUGGCACAGGGACGAAAAUGGUGUGUCGUACAAAGGGUAAGUGGUGUUUGCGUGGUGUAGUAAUAGGUAUUAGUCCAACGUUGUAGUUUGCGCGGCGCGCGCGAUCGCGGCAUGUGAUCGUGACGGGGGGUCCCGUUCGGGGUCGGUUCGGGGUCGCUCUGCCAAAAAUCUGAGGGG